CUCGCAAGGCUCCCUGGGUCCCAGCGGGCGAGCGAGCCGGCCUCCAUUUUGCUGCCGGCGGUGGAGGCGCGCGGCCGGGGCUCCCGCCGUCGCCAUGGGCCGCCGCCCCGCUCGCUGCUACCGGUACUGUAAGAACAAGCCGUAUCCCAAGUCCCGCUUCUGCCGGGGGGUGCCCGACGCCAAGAUCCGCAUCUUCGACCUGGGUCGGAAGAAGGCGAAGGUGGACGAGUUCCCGCUCUGUGGCCACAUGGUGUCGGACGAGUACGAGCAGCUGUCGUCGGAAGCCCUGGAGGCCGCGCGCAUCUGCGCCAACAAGUACAUGGUCAAGAGCUGUGGCAAGGACGGCUUCCACAUCCGCGUGCGGCUGCACCCCUUCCACGUCAUCCGCAUCAACAAGAUGCUGUCCUGCGCCGGCGCCGACAGGCUCCAGACCGGCAUGCGAGGCGCCUUCGGGAAGCCGCAGGGCACCGUGGCCCGGGUCCACAUCGGCCAGGUCAUCAUGUCCAUCCGCACCAAGCUGCAGAACAAGGAGCACGUGAUCGAGGCCCUGCGCAGGGCCAAGUUCAAGUUCCCGGGCCGCCAGAAAAUUCACAUCUCCAAGAAGUGGGGCUUCACCAAGUUCAACGCCGAUGAGUUUGAAGACAAGGUGGCGGCGAAGCGCCUCAUCCCCGAUGGCUGCGGAGUCAAGUACAUCCCCGAACGGGGUCCCCUGGACAAGUGGCGGGCCCUGCAUUCCUGAGGACCUUGCCGCCAGAAAAGAAGAAACCAAGGACGGUUAUAGUUUGGAAAAAACGUUCAUUCCGUUUAUAGCGCCUGGAAGGUUAGUUUGCAUCUUACGGAACAUUACGGUGGAAAAUACCUGUCUUGUUUGAGGAAUCAGAAAACUGCAGUUUUGAGAACACAUUUGCUACUUUAAAAUUUUUUGGAGUAUACUGCAGUAUGGCAAACAUUUUGGUUACUGAGGGCAUAAAGGAUAACUAUUAUUAUCUUUGAUUAGGAGUGCUAGAGGAGUUGGAAGAUGUGUGUGAAAAAUGGUUUCUAGAAAGCUAAACAUGAAAAUUAUAUUUCUAAACAUGAAAAUUGUAUUUCAAGUGUAUCCUCUUUAAAACUAGCCUAUUUCUAAAUUUGAUUGUUUUGCUAUAAAUUUGUCAAUAUUAUUUUUAGAAUUACCUGUAGCCCGAGGUUAUCAAUCUUAGAACAGUUGGGUAUACUGAAAAAAAGAUUUUCUAGACAAGCCUUACAUUGUCCUGCACUCAGGAGACAACGAUCCAAUCUUUUCUUCAUCACAGAAAGGUUAUAGGUGACAACAGAGUUCAUACUGCUUGUAUUUGGGUCCCGGUAGAAUCAACAAAGAAGAGAAAAUGACACUAAAUCAGCCAUCUGCUCUGAGGGGGCCUGGGAGAGCGUUUGUAAUCUGUUGCUGUUUGCCCUGUAUUAGAGUUACAUUGAUCGCACGGGUAGUUUCUAUUUUAUUUUAGAAACGAUAUAACUUAAAAUUACCAGGUUUAUACUGUUUAGUUUGUUGUUGCUGUACCUGUUCUCUGAUUGAGAUUUCUGAAUCUUGAUCCUGGAAAUAAGGCCUUCGGUUUUCCUCUACUAAUGUUAAACAAUGACAAUAUUCAUGUUAUAGAUAGUUCUCAACAAAUUACAUGUUCAUUAAAAAGGCUCUCCAACAUAAGUAUUUACCUGAUGUUUCACUUAAUGCUCUGAGAACUCUUGAAACUGUCUAGGAAAUUACAUCAUAUUCAGUUAAUAAAGGUAAACUUUAACCGGA